GUGAGCGUUUCGGUCUCGUUCCUCCACACAUUCCCAGAAGCAGAAGAAGCCGUGCUGCAGUGUUGCUGAUUGAUGAGCUGAGCUCUCCGACUCUACUAAUCAUCUUUACAUUCCAAUAUUUCUGACAGGGUUUUACCCCCACAGUUCCAUCUGAUCCGUUGUGGGUGUAUUUGAGGUGGUUAACUGCGUUCUGCUGUAAAGCUCAAGUUUUUUAGCGCAUGUCCAAACCCUUUUUCGAACAAAACUGUGAAAUAUGGAUGACCAAAAACAUUGCUGAGGAAAGGGUAUGAGUUGUCCAGUCUCCUUCUGCUGUCCUUUUUCCUACACAUACUAAUUUUACCUCUGCAAGAACAUCGAGAAAAUUAACUAUGAUGAAUUCAGAUGAGAUUAAAUGUGAGAAUUUUGGACCUAUAGAGAUCUCCAGUGCUCACCAAAUAUCACCAGGAGUUCCAGCUAUUAAGAGGCCAGAAGAGAUUAAAUUAGAAAUUCCAGAACGCACAGAGAGCUCCAGUAGUGACCAAAGGUUAUCCGGUCCUUUCCACACUAACACUUCUCACAGAGAAGUGCAAAAGCAUCAUCAAUGUCCAUGCUGUGGGAGGGGUUUCAGUAAAGAAGGUAAUCUCAAAAAGCACCAAUGCACUUGCACAGGACAAAAGUUGUAUCAGUGCUCGACCUGCGCAAAGAGUUUCAAUAAAGAGCAAACACUUCGAGUUCACCAACGCAUUCACACUGGGGAGAAACCCUAUCACUGUCCAGACUGUGGGAGAAGUUUUAGGGCCCUAAGCACCUUCCACCACCAUAAGCGCAUUCACACAGGAGAGAGACCGUAUCAGUGCUCGGAGUGUGGCAAGAGUUUUAUACAAAAGGGACAUUUACUAAAACACCAGCGCAUUCACACCGGGGAGAAACCGUAUCAGUGUGCUGAGUGUGGGAUGAGUUUUACUGAAAGCGGUACUCUCGUAAAUCACCAGCGUACUCACACUGGGGAAAAGCCGUACCAGUGCUCAGACUGCGGGAAAAGUUUUACACAAAGGUCAUUAUUUAAGCAGCACCAGUGGAUUCAUACAGGAGAGAAGCCGUAUCAGUGUUUGCAGUGUGGGAAGGGUUUUACUAAGGGUCGUGGUCUUCUACAACACCAGAGAAUUCACACAGGAGAGAAGCCGUAUGUCUGCUCACACUGUUGUAAGAGUUUUAGCGUGAGUGAUGCUCUGGUAAAUCACCAGCGUAUUCACACUGGAGAGAAGCCGUAUCAGUGCUUAGACUGUGGGAGGAGUUUUUCCAAAAAGUGUAAUCUCCAACAACACCAGCACAUUCACAAAGGAUGCACUGACACGGAACAAAAGCUGUAUCAGUGCUCUGACUGUGGGAAGAGUUUUAAUAAAGAGCAAACACUCCGAGUUCACCAACGCAUUCACACUGGGGAGAAACCCUAUCACUGCCCGGACUGUGGGAGGAGUUUUAGGGCCCUAAGCACCUUCCACCACCAUAAACGCAUUCACACAGGAGAGAGACCGUAUCAGUGCUCGGAGUGUGGCAAGAGUUUUAUACAAAAGGGAAAUCUACUAAAACACCAGCGCAUUCACACCGGAGAGAAACCGUAUCAGUGUGCUGAGUGUGGGAUGAGUUUUACUGAAAGUGGUACUCUCGUAAAUCACCAGCGUACUCACACAGGAGAGAAGCCGUAUCAGUGCUCAGACUGUGGAAAGAGUUUUACACGAAGGUGCUUAUUCUACCAACACCAGUGGAUUCACACAGGAGAGAAGCCAUAUCAGUGUUUGCAGUGUGGGAAGAGUUUUACUAAGAGCAGUCGUCUUGUACAACACCAGAGAAUUCACACAGGAGACAAACCAUAUGUCUGCUCACACUGUUGCAAGAGCUUUAGUGAGAGUGGUACUCUGAUAAAUCACCAGCGUGUUCACACGGGAGAGAAGCCGUAUAAGUGCUUAGACUGUGGAAAGAGUUUUUCUCAAAGGAGUACUCUGCAGCAACACCAGCGCGUUCACACUGGUGUAUGGAAUCUGUGCUGUGCAGAAUGUGGCAAGAGUUUUAGGAACCAAAGAACUUUUCAGCGACACAAACACAUUCACGCAGUAACAAAUAAAGACAUGCUGUAGUCCUUCUCAAAAAGUACAGGAGUUAGCUAAAUUUAUUCUAAAUUCCACUUCAUAAACUUAAAGAAAGCAUAUUGGUCACAAAAGACGUUCUAGACAUCCAGACAGUGACAGUAACAUAAAGACAGGUUUGUAGAUGUGAUUGCAUACAGUAUAUCUUAUAUCUAGUCAGUAGGCACUGGGUCAACGUGAGAGCUGACCAAAAUUACUAGUGCAAUAUAAAGAUGUAGUGCUGAAGGCAA